AUGAAGAGCCAACACAUCACCUUGCCAGGCCUCCAAACCGCAGCCCUCGCCUUCCUCAGCGCCCGCGGCGCCUCAGCAGGAAAAGUAUUUUGCGCCGACGCCAACAACAAGGUCGUCGCCGACACAAACUGCGCCGUCGGCAAGGCGGCGCCAGCCCCAAACACCUUCUUCAUGUUCAACAGCGAAGCGGAACACCCCGUCGGGAGCACCGUCGACGAGAGGCAGGCGGAUCUAUACGAUGCCGCCGACAUGAUUGAGCGCCAGAAUGCGCGGUUCCCGCCGGAGUACGAGAUGGAGACGGAAGGGUUUGGGAAGAGGCAGGAGUGUGGUGGUGGUGGGAGCAGGGGGGGUUGA